UCUGUAAUAUAACCUCCAUGACCCUGCUUUGGAGCCCAUUUCCACCUUUUGACAUGUUUCCUCUACCUCCACUUCUGGUGUUUUGAAGCUAGGUAUUGUAUAGUAUUAUUACAUCUGCCCAUCAGCAGCUGGCAAAUAUUAUAGUGUUUUUUUAAGCGUGCGUUGUUGUGUGAACCGAAUUGCUGGGGCAGUGUUAUUGUCAGGACAUCCUAUGUUUGUGGGACUGGUUGGUUGUUUUGCCCCAGCCCUUCUACACUGUAAAUAUUAUGUCUGCUGAAUAAAUACCUCCACCUUAGAGGAACCUGGCUCACAGAGAUGUUCUGUGACAGGCCUUGUGAAGCUCAGCACCUUGUCAGUCAGCCUGUCAAUCACCUGAGCUGUUACCAUGGAAGCUGGAUGUCUGUACGUGUCUCGGAGAGAGACUCACUCAGGCCAAAGAGAGAGUCCUACCUACAAAUAAUUUUAAAGGUGUAUGACUCCACAUUGUUAGUGAAAAAGCAUAAAGAGUGCAAUGUGUGUCUGUGUGCUUCCACAUAGCCUGUUGUUGUUGAAAGGCUUAUAACAAUAUUCUCCCAGUAGGGAGGAAUGUGAGACUCUUGAUUUUGGGAAGCUAUAGGCAGAGGCUAGUGCAAGAGGAACUCUCCCAUCUCAUAACUGUUGGUUACUUGGCUGUGAAUGUGUGGAGGAGUACAUGCGCUUUCACUAUCACCCUGCCAAAGCACACACAGUCCCAGAGCUCUGAGCUAACGUUAAUAACCUUCCUAAUGAGCCUGGCACUCCCAUGUUCUUUAAUCACGGUGCAUAUGGGUGUCAGGCUAGCAUAGCUAGGCUAAUGUUCCUCUGCACUUUACUCUGUGUGCAUAUGGGUGUCAGUCUAGCUCAGUUAGGCUAUAGGCUAAUGUUCUAAUACUACACUUUACUCAAGAGUGCAUGGGCCAGGCUAAACAGCAGCUGGUGCACAAGGUUUUGCUCGCCUGAGUUAGAGCUCAGCUAGGCUACUGUAAAAAAUGUCUGGGCAAGGGUUACCUCUGCUCUCUGCGCUGUUGAUAUGUUGCAGAUGCCCAGUUGUGGUUGUCAUAGUUCAACAGUGUUUCUUGACUCUCUAUUCUUGUCUCUCUGACGCCAUUGCUCCAGUUGAUGAAGUUGACCACCUGCACACCACGACGGAGGGAGAUGGGGACAGCACCCCUCUCCCAUUCAAGGGCAAGGGCAAGUUCUCUACCCUUGGCAAGAUCUUCAAACCAUGGAAGUGGAGGAAGAAGAAAAGCAGCGAGAAGUUUACGGAGACUUCAGAAGUUCUGGAGAGAAAGAUGUCGAUGAGGCGACCGAGGCAGGAGCUUAUAGAACAGGGAGUGCUGAAGGAGCUCCCGGAGAAUGAAGGGGACGAUCCUCACAGCCCCAAGCAGCCCUACGUGAAGAAUGGUCACACCCUGCCCGUGGGUGGAGGUGGUGGAGGGGGCAGAGGGCAGGAGAACCAGACAAGACCCCCUUCAGACUCUGGGGUGAACCCCUCAGACUUUAAGAUUAACCCAGCCUGGCUGCCCCAGCCAGAGGACCGCAGGGUCCGCUUCCCCCCGGAUGUAGACCGCCAUGGGGACCAGGGUGGCCCCAGAGGCUCCGGACAUCAGGAGGAGGGCCAGCGAGGAGGUGGAGGACGGUCCCAGGGGGAGGGGAAGUCUAACAUGGCCUGGCAGGGCCAGGUGAUGGGCCAGGUGCAGGGGAUGGGACAGGAGGAGGGUAGACGUGGGGGCAGACUACACCCUUCUGAUGGAGACAAGCGGCCGGGCCUGCAGAAGGCGCCAUCAGAGGACGGAAGGAGGAGUCGCCCCGCUGAGACAACAUGGAAGCCCACCCUCCCCCGGCACGCGUCCGCAGAGGAGGGAAGGGCCCGUAGAGAAUCAGAUAGCCAUUUUGUUCCUGACCCAGAUUCGCUGCGGGAUACUCUCCGAGAGUCACUGCCCCCCAAACAGUCCGUUAUGCCCCCCAAGUGGCUGAUAAGCUCCACCCCUGAGCCCAGCAGCGAACCGAACCCUGCAACCACAUACUCUUCCUCCUCCUCUUCUUCCUCUGCAGUUGCAAAGCCUGCCCAAACUGUCUCCUCUGCAGGCGCCAACACCCAAUCUUCAGCAAUAGUGUCCCUUGCGCCAUCCUCCACCCCCCAGGCGACCAAGCAGCCACCCCUCCCCCUGCCCAAGCCUGUCAACAGGGGCGUUAAUGCUGCCAUGUUGGCCUCCACUCUACAGGGGGGUGUGAACCAGAAUGACUCCCAACUGCCCCUCUACUGGUCCUGCUGGAAACGCGAGGGUGACUAUGACGUCUACCUGUCCCUCCCGGUCUACCUGUGUCGGCGGGACGGCAGAGGCCUGCGGUCAGGCAACCUCACCCAGGCCGGUACCAGCUUUGUGCCAACUAAGCCCUCUCCACCGAUGCCCCCCAAGAGGACCACCCCUGUCACAAAGCGCAACCCGGAGGACCCCUCUGCGUCCACCCAGUCGGUCCCCACCCCCUCCCCCUCACUGCUUUCUCCUGAGGACCAUCAUAACCACUCAGUCGGCUUCCAGAUGCCUCCCCCGUCCCCGCCCUUACCCAACUACAUCCCCCCUUCUCCCCCCCGCCAGCAUCUGCACACGCACUACCUCCACCACCAGCACUCCUACCAACAUCCCAUCCCCCAGCCCUUGCUCUUUGACCCCCCCAGCCCCACCAGUGAAACCCCCCAGCGUCCGGCCCCCGUCCCCCUGCACAUCAUGAUCCAGAGGGCCCUGUCCAGCCCCGGCCAGGCCCAGCCGCAUCCCGACGGCUCCCAGCGUUCAGCCCACUCCCUGCUCUUUGAGACGCCACUCGAGUACCAGGGGGACCGCGGCCGGCCCCUAGCCGUCAGCAUCCAGCCUCUGAAACUGGCUGAGGAUGACUACUCUGAGGAGGAGGAGGAUGAUGAUGAUGAAGAGGAGGAGUACGAUGGGGAGCUUCCCCAGCCAGAGCUGGAGCCACGGAGCAGGAGGUGCAUGGUGGGAGAGCCCAGUAUCAACGUCAUCCCCGAGGGGCCCAACAGUAGUGAGGAGGAGGAGGAAGAAGAGCAGGACCUGCAAAGGGAAGACAGCGACUCGGACGGGCCAGUGCUCUAUAAAGAUGAAAAUUCAGAUGAGGAUGAGGAAGAUGAGCCUCCACCCAGUGCUUUGGCCAGCAGGGUCAGAAGGAAAGACACGUUAGCUUUGAAACUGAGUAACCGACACGCCCCAGAGAAACAUGCUCGAGAGGACAAGUCCAGCAGUCACACCGAACGACGCACUCCGGGACACACACCGGGUCACACACACCAAGGGUCAACAGGGCUGACAUGGCAGAGCAGGGAGCAAUGGGAGGCCAUACGCACACAAAUAGGCUCUGCACUCACAAGGCGUCUCAGCCAGAGACCCAGUGCAGAGGAGCUGGAGCAGAGAAACAUCCUUCAACCCAAGAACCAGGUAGACAGGCAGGCGGAGGUCCGAGAGAUCAAACGUAGACUCACCAGGAAGCUGAGUGAGAGGCCCACGGUUGCUGAGCUACAGGCCAGAAAGAUCCUGCGCUUCCAUGAGUAUGUGGAGGUCACCACAGCCAAUGAUUACGAUCGGCGAGCAGACAAGCCCUGGACCAAGCUAACACCCGCCGACAAGGCUGCCAUUCGAAAGGAGCUCAAUGACUUUAAGAGCUCUGAAAUGGAGGUUCAUGAAGACAGUAGGAUCUAUACAAGGUUCCACCGGCCUUAGCAUCCACCCCAUACUGGAAAACACUUACUUAACCAGUGGCCAGCAGAGUCUCUGGAGAGGAGUCGCGGGGUCUCGGUGCUCCCUAAACAGACUUCCCUUUUAUGUUGCUGAAUGUACUGUACAGAUCAUCAAGGAAGGCCCUGGAAUUGACUGAACGGAAAACAGGGGGACUGAGGACCAGAUGCAGUAUUUCUAUCAGACAAUAGGGGGUGCCAAGUGCCAACAAAGUGAAGAGGUGGCAGAGGGGCUUGACUGAGAGGGCUGACUGGGAGCCACUCUGCCGAUUUGUGUUAUACUUCGGGGUUCCACUGACAACGACCUUUUGCCACCUCUUUCGAUGUUGCCUUUUUUCUGAUUUUACUCUGUAUGGCACAGUUAACCCAUGUUGCAGAGAUGUAAAUGUAAUAACAUUACAGUAAUAAUAGUCCUAAUAAUGACAGCUACAAUAAUAAACACAUUAAUAAUAAAUGUUAGAGACGAAGCUGCAGAAAGAGAAUGAGGAGGAAGACGACUGUGGGAUUUGCCAUUCUCCUAACUGGAAAAGCUCUGGGAUUUUUGUGCACUUCUGUAUAGAUUUCUGUGAUUUCUUAGACUGAAACUUGAGAGUUCUAAUAAUGACAACGUAAUGCAUAAUAUUUUGAUCACAUCAGAAAUUACUGCUUUUAUUUGAACCUGUUUCAAUAGUGUGCAUUUUUACAUUUUAAUCAUUUAGGAGACACUCAUCCAGAGUGACUUACAGGAGCAAUUAGGGUUAAGUGCCUUGCUCAAGGGCACAGCGGCAGAUUUGUCACCUAGUCCGCUUGGGGAUUCGAUCAGCGAACUUUCGGUUACUGGCCCAACGUUCUUAACAGCUAGCCUGCCUUGCCUGUAUUUAUAUUUGGCUGUGACGCGGGGUGAGCAUUUGAGCUUUAACUAGUCAUAGGAAAGAACACAACGAGGAGGUAGUUGGUGUGCUAUUCUUUUUUUUUUUUUUCUCUCGUUUUUUUUGCCAGACUCUGAUCCCCAUGCUGACAGUAGAAUGCUGUUUUCAUAUCACAGAUAUCUUCAUUUCGCUGCAUGAGCCAACACACAGUGCAAUUAUUGAAUCAACACUUUUUUUUUAUUUACGCUUUUUUAUUUGUGUUUUUUGUACUUCUCUACAUAGGUCAAACCAUGCAAUGCUGCAAAUAAUAGCUGUUUUAAAAUGCUAAGAUUAUGAUGAUGGCAUCUUAAAUAAAACAAAAGUUAAAAUGUUCUGUAAAGAUUUGUAUCAAAGUGCAGUUGGCAUAGAUCAGGAUUUGAUGAAAAAAAACACAAUUAGUGGAUUUUACGGUUGACAGGGAAUCAUUUCGGCAGGAAAAUACUUUUUUAUCUGGAGAAAUGUUACAUGCGUUGUAUUCUGGCCAGUAGAUUACAGAGUCCUUUAAUGUACAGAUCCAUUUAGGUUACUGUUGUGUAUAUCUUGUUCUUCUUUAUUAUUUGAAAAUAAAUGUUAACUAUAAUAGUAUUAUAGGUUGCUAUUUUUCUAAGCACAAAAUAUUACUGUAUGAUUAAACACUACAACAAUGGGAAUCUUUAAGUGUUCAGUUUAACUUCGUUUUUUUUACGAAAUGUGGAAUUUUAGUAACUGCCUGUAAAUAGUCACCUAUAAUUAAAAACCUUAAAUCACUCUGA